CCCGCCCCCAGUGACACAAUAGCAGCUCCCUCCAAGAUGGCGGCGGCGACGGCGGAUCCGGGAGCUGGGAGCCCGCAGGUUGGAGACUCCUCCGGCGGGGGCGCUGGGGGCGGGCUGCCGUCUCCGGGGGAGCAGGAACUGAGCCGGCGCCUGCAGCGCCUGUAUCCCGCGGUCAACCAGCAUGAGACGCCGCUGCCGCGCUCCUGGAGCCCCAAGGACAAGUACAACUAUAUCGGCCUCUCCCAGGGCAACCUCCGCGUCCACUACAAAGGUCAUGGCAAAAAUCACAAAGAUGCAGCCUCAGUGCGCGCCACCCACCCCAUACCUGCUGCCUGUGGCAUUUAUUACUUUGAGGUGAAGAUUGUCAGCAAAGGAAGAGAUGGGUACAUGGGAAUAGGACUCUCAGCUCAAGGAGUCAGCAUGAACAGACUUCCUGGUUGGGAUAAACAUUCCUAUGGUUACCAUGGUGAUGAUGGGCAUUCCUUCUGCUCCUCUGGGACUGGCCAGCCCUAUGGUCCGACAUUCACCACAGGAGAUGUGAUUGGCUGCUGCGUCAACCUCAUCAAUGGCACCUGCUUCUACACCAAGAAUGGCCACAGCCUUGGUGUAGCCUUCACAGACCUCCCGGCCAACCUCUACCCCACCGUAGGCCUGCAGACACCCGGGGAGAUUGUGGACGCCAACUUUGGGCAGCAGCCCUUCCUGUUUGACAUUGAGGACUACAUGCGGGAAUGGCGUGCCAAGGUCCAGGGCACUGUCCACUGCUUCCCCAUCAGUGCCCGGCUUGGCGAGUGGCAGGCGGUGCUGCAGAACAUGGUCUCAUCUUACCUGGUGCAUCAUGGGUAUUGUGCCACUGCCACGGCUUUUGCCCGAAUGACUGAAACCCCGAUUCAGGAAGAACAAGCAUCCAUAAAGAACAGACAAAAGAUUCAGAAGCUGGUGUUGGAGGGCCGUGUGGGUGAGGCCAUUGAGACUACACAGCGCUUCUAUCCAGGGCUGCUGGAGCACAACCCCAACUUGCUCUUCAUGCUCAAGUGCCGACAAUUUGUGGAAAUGGUGAAUGGGACUGACAGUGAAGUCCGCAGCUUGAGCUCCCGAAGCCCCAAAUCCCAGGACAGCUACCCAGGCUCCCCCAGCCUCAGCCCCCGCCAUGGCCCCAGUAGUUCCCACAUGCACAACACAGGAGCAGACAGUCCCAGCUGCAGCAAUGGAGUCGUGUCCACCAAGAGCAAGCAGAACCACAGUAAAUACCCUGCGCCGAGUUCCUCCUCUUCCUCCUCAUCCUCUUCAUCCUCCUCAUCUCCAUCCUCCGUCAAUUACUCCGAGUCCAACUCAACAGAUUCCACCAAGUCCCAGCCACACAGCAGUACCAGUAACCAGGAGACCAGUGACAGUGAGAUGGAGAUGGAGGCAGAGCAUUACCCCAAUGGUGUGCUGGAGAGCAUGUCCACACGCAUCGUCAAUGGUGCCUACAAGCAUGAGGACCUGCAGACAGAUGAGUCCAGCAUGGAUGAUGGGCAUCCUCGGCGGCAGCUCUGCGGGGGCAAUCAGGCAGCCACAGAAAGGAUUAUCCUCUUUGGCCGUGAGCUACAGGCGCUGAGCGAGCAGCUGGGCCGAGAAUACGGCAAGAAUUUGGCCCACACGGAGAUGCUGCAGGAUGCCUUUAGCCUGCUUGCGUACUCAGACCCCUGGAGCUGCCCAGUUGGCCAGCAGCUGGACCCCAUCCAGAGGGAGCCUGUGUGCGCUGCCCUCAACAGCGCCAUUUUAGAGUCUCAGAACCUGCCAAAGCAGCCCCCUCUGAUGCUUGCCCUGGGCCAGGCAUCUGAAUGUCUGCGGCUCAUGGCCAGAGCGGGCCUGGGAUCUUGCUCUUUUGCCAGAGUCGAUGACUACUUGCACUAGCUGACCACACACUGGCUGGCCUCACCUGGCCCUCCCUCGGCCCAGGGCUGGAGCAGCCCUGCCCUCCAUCGGCACCUGGUGCAGGGACCUGGGAGCCAUGGGCAGAGUCCACUCCUGCCUGGCCUCCCCUCUUCCCUCCCUCCCUUCCUUUUUCCUUCCUUUCUUCCUCCUUCCUUCCUUCCUUCCUCCCUCCCUUCCUUCCUUUCUUUUAUCUCCACCCUCAGUCUCUCUCUCUCCCCCUUCACGUGCAGCGGCCUAUGACACAGUAUUGGCUGGUUUCUCUCAUGUAGCGCCUUCUAUUUUGAAAGGGGGGGAUUGUUUUGAGGAGGGGUUGGGGUUUUUUAAUCCUUUUUUUCCUCCUGACUGAGCCACCAGUAUUUAUCUCUGGAGAGUUUGUGCUGAGCUGGUUUCUGCUUAUUUAGUGAUGAAGCCAAUCCAAGUUGGUGAUAGCUUAUUAUUUUCAUAAGUAAAAAAAAUUGAGAGAUUAUAUAUAUAUAUAUAUAUAAAUAUAAAAAAAGACACAGUAUUUAUCGUAGUGUUAGUGGUCCAGCACCUCUUGGGUGAGGCUGUCCAGACACCAUAUGUUUUUAUUUGAGUCUAACUCAUUAAAAAGAAUCAUCUCUGUCACCUCAGCCAAGUGAUUCAUUCAUUUCAGGCUUCCCCUUUGUUGAGCCACAGGCCCAGCUGCAGCCUAAGGAAACCCAGUAGGCUUUGUGGGAGCCUCAUAGUGGGCAGGUCAGGGUAAGCUGGUUUGCAGCAUCUGAGAGGAGUGCGUUCCUAGGCCCCUGAGAGCCAAAUGGAGCAGAGAGUUGCAGGGCCAGGGGUCCGGAGGAGAGAUGAGUUGGCCCAGGGCUACACAGCAAAGGAAGGGAGUAGAGAGUCUUUGGCCAGCACGCUGUCUACCAUUCUGCCCUGCCUCUCACUGCCUACCUCCCCCUCUCUUUCUUCCCUUUUCAACGUCCUGCCUUCCUUUGUUGUUAAGAUGGCCAAAUAAUUCAUUUACUCUAAAUCAAUUGCCUGGAAACUACCUGCCUUUGACCCAAGAGCUGCUGUGUGAAAAGCUGCGAGGAGGAAGCCUCCAUGGAGGACAGAGGCCCAUGAGUACAGGGGCUGCCUUCGUUUUCUGCCUGAAUCUUUACUGUCUCUGCACAGCUCUGAUGGAAUUGAUGCUUUCUUUUGAGAAGCCAGGACCUCAUGGAGACUGAUUCUUGGGCUGCCAGUCGCUGGAGUGGAUGGAACCCUUGACCUCCUAGGCCAGGCCUCACUGCAGCUAUGCUAGGCGGCUCCUUGCAGUUUGGCCCUGGCCACUUUUAGGGAAGACUCUUACGAGUAUUUGCUGACCAGAGGAAGGGACCUCAUGGGCUUUUACACGUCCCACCAUCCGUGUCAGGAAUCCUCACAGCGGGUUGGUCAAAAACAGUCCUGGUACUUCCAUCAGGGAAUCAGGAGCAGAGGGCUGAGGGGGCUGCCAGGAUUUGGGCAGGCCAUCUGUGGAGAGGACUGACUGCCCUCAUCUGUGGAGGAAGAAAGGGAGGAGGCCUCCCAGAGGAGCACCAGGAGCAGCUGGAUGUCCCCAUCUGCAUCACAGUGGGAGGGAGUGCACAAGCAAAGGGCCAAGAUCAGAAGUCCAACUUCCAGUCCCCACCCGGAUUAGGGCUGGCCAAGCUCCUGCUCUCCAUCAGUGGACAGGAAUGGUGGUAUGCCCUGAGGAAUUCAGAGCCCACCAGGACUUGCUGGGCCCACCAUUGGACAAGAGAAAUGAUUGGGUUGGACCAACUGUUGGUGAUGAGGUCCUUGGCCCUCUGCUUUCCCGGAGUUCUGCCCUGGGACAUGAUCUUGUAGGCUGCAGCUUUUUCUUGGCCCCCACUAGGGGCCCAGCUGGCAGCCCAGAGAUCGUAACCCAUCAGGGAGGUAUUGUCCUGUCUGUAAAGGAAAUUCAUCCUGUGCAAAGCUGGGGAUACCAAGCUCCCAAACCUAGAGGUUGGAAACAUCAGGCCAUUAAAACAGUCAUCAGGGAAUUAAAACCAGAGGCUUUUGCAGUUGGAAUGAAGUUCAGAGAACAUCUGUUCCGCAGUCCUCUCCUUUUAUAGAUAAGGAAACAGGCCCAGGAGAUUAAGUGAGUUGGCCAAAGUCACACAACAGAUCAGUGGCAGAACUGGGAUUAACCUCAUCCCUGUGGUUUGGACAACACUGUUUAGUCCUAAAACUGAAUGGUGGGUGAGGGGUUAGGCUGGCCGGGCACCCAGCAAUGUCUGAGCAGCUGGUACCUUCAGGGGUGGGGAUGGGUGCCUGGGCUUGGGUUGUGGAGCGGCUGAAAGGGCCCAGGAGGGCUCAGGACAGCUGUGUGCUGCUUGGGGUUGGGUGUCCUCCUGGCUCACACUCAAUACCCACGGCCACCUCCCCAUUUUCUGUGCCUUAUCUCACUGUUUCAGCUGAGUCCAAGUUGUUUACUCUGUUCCUCUCCAGAGGGGCUCUCUGUCCCAGUUGGACAGCUUACCUUUGGGACAUAAGCCUUUGCCCCCCAAACCGUGGAGAGGACCAAAAUCAAGCUGCUUGAGCCCACUGUCUUGUUGAUAGUCCAGGCCUGUCUGCCAGCCAGAGGAGUCCCUUAUGCACACCGAGUCCUACCAGCCUGCUUCCGGUAGCAGAGAGUGGGGAAGACACCUGGGAGGCAUCCCAUGAAGAGCUGGACUUAAACCUACAGAGCAGGAAGAAGAUCUGACUGUCAGGUUGUCCAGCCCUGCAGGAGCUUUCCCUACUUACCUUUCCCCAUGUGCUACCAAAUGGUUGCUCCUUCCAGGGCAGAAACUGGCAGACACACGCAGAAAGCCAGAAGCCCUGUUCCUCACCCACGUGGGUCUGUGGCUGGGUGCAGGCCAGCAGAACAGGGACACGAAGAGAUGGAGAAGUGGGGACUGCCCAGCCACCCAGCACCUUCCUCCCCCUUAAGCAAGCACAAAGAAAAUGAGGCAGAGACCUGUCAGAGCUGAAAGUUCCUUUGGUUGCUCACAACUCAGGUAUGCACACCGCGUGGCAGCUGAGCAGCAGAGCCCUACUUGACCGCCAGUCCCAUGCACCCGGACCUGUGGCCAGAUUGUGGACUCUGGCUGCCUCAGGCGUCACCUCUUUGCAUAGGGUUUUCCUCCAUUAGUAACUACAGCUGACACAGACGUCCUCCACAUUGUGCGCACUGGUUCUGCCUUUGUCCUUGCAAGUUGAUUCUUGGCAUUAGCAUGAAACUUGUGGGUGUGGGAGGGUUUAGAGAGAAUUCUAACACAAAACAUCCUAUUAAAUUGUACUUGAGAGAUGAAAAAACUCCUGUUGUAUUUUGACAGAAUUAUUUUUAUUAAAAUACAUGUCCAUGAGCA